AAAUCCAGAGAAAAUAGGACAAAUUCCAAACAAACUAAAACUCACAUCACGUUGUAUAUAUGUAUGCAUGUAGAAUCAUAGCGGCUACAUAAAUACUUUGGUAAUUGAAUACGCAAACGAAAAAGCAUUAACAUUAAUAAGCGAGCAAAAAAUUCCUACAUUACUUGAAUCGGAAAGAAAAGUUGUCGUACCACCUUUUUCUUGACGACAGAGAAGAAAGCUAAUUCAAUAAAAAAGAGAUGCGCUGAGACAGGCCUUUUAUUGCUUGACCAAGACAAGACCAGCUGCGUUUGCGCACUUAAGUAAAGUUAAAAAAAAAAAAACAAUAAGAAAUGCAACAAACUAAAAAUAAUCUAAGCCACUGUCUGUUUUGAGCGCACCGCUGGCCACUACUGUCCGAAGUUGCGCUGAGCUGCAUAGUCGCGAAGUGUUAACUGGCUGCGCGCACUCAGCACAGAACAGUUGCGUUUGGAACGCGUGAGAGUCAAGAACGUUCGUGCAAGAAUCGCGCUUCAGCUCGUAUAAGCUUUAGAUAAAAAUAAAACUAAACCAAAAUUGAAGAUACAAGUAACGCGCCUAGAAUUUAAAAGAAGAGGAGUCUUGCGUGCCAGCAAACAUCAAAAGGAAUGCGUUGCGCGCUUUUGAUUUUCGUGGCCGUUGUCGGCUCGGCAGCGGGUCACAGAUAUGGCAAUUUACCAACGUCGGCAGGCUAUGCGUUGCCUGCAAGUGUAACCAGUGCUGUUGCUGCCGCAACGCGUGUGGGUAGUGGCGAAGCGACCACUUCUGCUGUCGAUAACGCCAACUCGAUAAAUGAAUUGUUAUUUCCAAAAACUACAACAACAACAGCAGCAGCAACAGCGGCACUUGAAUCAACUACCGUAACUGAAAGUCCAGCCGCAGCUGCAAGCGAAAGCAGUGGCGCUACCACUACGCAAUCUGCAUCAACUGCAAACUUUACUCCGACCGCUGCAACCGCCGCCGCUUCUAUUGUCCCUGCAACGGCUACCAGCACGAAACCACCACAAGCCCUUCCGCCAAAGGACGAAGAAGCUGUCAGCGAAUCGCUUACUGAGCUGCCCGUCUCCUCACCGCCAACAGCGAUUUCGCUGCCCGAAAGCGUUAGCGAUGUCGAGCCACUACGGCGUCGUGUCGUAACCUACGACCAGCGACAGGAGGGUCAAUACAAUAUACGCGCUGAUUUGGAGAAUUUCAUGAUUGUCCUCAUUCCACCCAGCUCAUCGGAGGGACUGAACUUCCUCGAUUUGCUUUCGAAAUCGGCAUUGCGGCGAAAUUCUUUACGCUCGAAAUCGAAACGCAAACAUUUCACAAACGCCGCUUCCGCUAACAAGUACCGUAAUCCCCUGAAAUCGUCGGCGUCUCUGCCAGCCAACUUACAAUAUGUGGGACGUCAGUCUGCACCCAACAAUCUCGAUGCGUCCCGCGGUUAUCUCACUGCACCCCCCUAUGCGCAGACGCCCUUUGAUGCCUUCAUCGGUUCGCAUUCUUCGCCAGCGGUCUACUCCACAUUGGGCGCAGCCUCAAAUCGCCUAACGGACUUCAUCGAGGGCCGUACCACAUCGCGCUUUGAUAUCGCUGCCGCCAAUUCAGAUCCCGACCGCCCAGUAGAUGUCUUGCCACCGCCCUAUCCACUCGCCUAUCAGCACCUUAUCAAACCCUUUCACUUGGAAGCCGAGCCAACCGUAAUACAGGCGCUGCCACCACCCGAACUGAACACUGCGCCAGCGCAUAUUUCCGGAAACUAUCUCGAUAGCUACAAUCAACUGCUAGCACCAGGUCUUUCAGCCGGCAGCAGUGGUAAUAGUGGCGAAGUAGCUACAAUUUCCACUGCCACAACCACCACAGCAGCGGCCGUACCCAGUGACAGUGCCAGCGGCUACUAUCGUCUUUCGCGGGCCAUACGCGGUGAAAAUUUACUCGACUCGAAUCGCGGCAGUUCACUGAAUAGCAUACAUCAAAAUAUCGCCGAUUUACAGCCAGUUUAUCGUGCUGAACAUUCAUUAGGUGCCACUUACCUAUAUCCGCCGAUCGACACGCCACGCAUCUACUUCAAUUCGGACGUGAAUGCAAAGGAGUUUGAGGCACCACAUGACGCUAUUGAGCGCUCGCAGAUUGUGGAUGAUGUGGAUGAUAACGCUCAUGUGGGUGAGCUGUAUGUACCGCCACGCGAACUGAAGGACGACAUUGAAUGGGAACAUUUCUUUGACACCAUGGUCAAGGAGGCAAAUGACUCACUGUGUAUGCCUGGGCAACGACGCGACAGCUACGGCAUGUGUCGCCAAGUUGAGGGCUAUUGAGCGUCAAGACUGGACUGAACUGCGUACAAUUAGCAUUUUAUUAAAGUAAUAGAAUUAGUGAAUCUGAGCAGAGUCGAUUUAUAUGUACUUAUGUAGAUUAUAAGCAACGAAACUGGAAAAGAUUUCCAAUAAUUUUAUAGUUUUUUUUUCUGAAAUAAGCAAACAAAUUACGGUAGGCUAAGCACUUAAAAACAGCUGCUUAAAUUUUAUAAGGCAAGUAUUAAGUAAAGUUUAUGAAUAAACAAGUAAAUUCUUCGAGGCAGUGAAAAUUUUAA